AGUGACCGCAGAGGCAGAGAGGUGGGCGGGCUGGCCCAUGGAUGAGACUUCGCUCCCGAAGCUGGGGGGAGAUGCUGAAGCCACGCCUUGCCCCAGCAUCCUGGAGCUGGAGGAGCUCUUGAGGGCAGGGAGGGGCUCUUGCAACCGCGUGGACGAAGUUUGGCCCAACCUUUUCAUAGGAGAUGCGGCCACGGCAAAUAACCGCUUUGAGCUGUGGAAGUUGGGCAUCACCCACGUGCUGAACGCCGCCCAUGGGGGCCUCUACUGCCAGGGCAGCCCUGACUUCUACGGCAGCAGUGUGACCUACCUGGGGGUGCCAGCCCACGACCUCCCCGAUUUCGACAUCAGUGCCUAUUUCUCCUCUGCAGCCGACUUCAUCCACCGUGCCCUCAGCACACCUGGGGCCAAGGUCCUGGUGCAUUGUGUGGUGGGCGUGAGCCGCUCAGCUACGCUGGUCCUGGCCUACCUGAUGCUGCACCAGCAGCUGUCCCUGCGCCAGGCAGUGAUCACCGUGAGGCAGCACCGAUGGGUCUUCCCCAAUCGAGGCUUCCUCCACCAGCUCUGCCAGCUGGACCAGCAACUGCGGGGUGCAGGCCGGAGCUGAGGGACCAGAGCUGGUCCUUACUCUGUGCCAUGGGGCUCUGCCACUUUGCUCCUCUGGCACUGGCCCUGCUGGGACUGCUGGAGGCGCUGACCCACGUGGAUGCCAGGAAGAUGGUGAGAGGCCAGUGCGGGGUCUGCCCUAGAGCCUGCUGCUCCACCUGUUUCCUCCUGUUGCCUGCACCCCCUCUCAGCCGCUGUCUUCAAUCCCCACAGAAACAGCAUCAAGUGUGCAGAGACAGGCGGCUAGAAGCCGGCAGCAUAAACUGCCUGUCAGAAGAGACUGCGGCCUGGGCCAGAAACCCCCACAGGAUGGACUCGCUGCAGAAGCAGGAUCUCCGGAGGCCCAAGAUCCACGGGGCAGUUCGGGCAUCCCCCUACCAACCACCCACACUGGCCAUGCUCCAGCGCUUGCUGUGGGUCCAUAGAACUGCCGUGCUGAGCCACAUCGAUGAGGUCUGGCCCGGCCUCUUCCUGGGGGAUGCGUAUGCAGCCCGGGACAAGAGCAAGCUGACACAGCUGGGCAUCACCCACGUUGUGAACGUUGCUGCAGGCAAGUUUCAAGUGGACACAGGUGCCAAGUUCUACCGCGGAAUGCCCUUGGAGUACUAUGGCAUCGAGGCCGAUGACAACCCCUUCUUUGACCUCAGUGUCUACUUUCUGCCUGUUGCUCAAUACAUCCGAGCUGCCCUCAGUGUUCCACAAGGCCGCGUUCUGGUACACUGUGCCAUGGGGGUAAGCCGCUCUGCCACACUUGUCCUGGCCUUUCUCAUGAUCUGCGAGAACAUGACGCUGGUAGAGGCCAUCCAGAUGGUGCAGGCCCACCGUGACAUCUGCCCCAACUCGGGCUUCCUCCGGCAGCUCCAGGUUCUGGACAACCGGCUGGGGCGGGAGACGGGACGGCUCUGACCUGCAGGCAGCCAAGAGCCCUGACCCUCCAUCCAGCACGGCCUGACCUGACCAGCCUGG